AUGUCCUCCCCGGUUCUGCCUGAGAAUGAGCCACAGAUUCAGCCUCGACACCCCUUGGCUAGACCGGGUCCCAUACCAGACAUCAGAUUAGAAGGGUUAUAUGUCGAGAGGCCUCCUUCACUGGUACCAAGGGCGGACUCCACGUCCACUUCCGAUAAUGCAGCAACGACCACCUCAUGUGGACCGCACGAUACCUCCGGGCCCUGCGAGCGAUAUUACAAUUCCGAUGGUUCCAGUACAACCUUGCCCAUUGUCCUUGGGGUGGUCAUCCCACUGGGCAUUGCGUUGAUUGUGUUAAUAUAUUUGCACCGGCGACAUGUGAGAAAUUUAAAAAGGGAGGAUGCGGAGGACAAACACCGGUCACUUGACUUCGGGUUGGAUGAAGCUCAGCAAAAGCCUCGCAAGAAGAACGCUCGGAAUCUCCCGGAAAUAUCCAUGGCUGAGAAUAAGGAAAUUGGUCGAAGAGGUCGCGGUUUGUCCAUGGAUCUGGGCAUGAACAAUCCCUACCUCCUGCCUCCCGAGCUGCAACAUUCUCGGGAGUCAUUGCAUUCCCUUUCCCGCUCAAUGAACACUGGAGAUGACAAAUAUCGAGUGACAACAUUCAUACCCGACGACGGAUCGAUUCGUCCGCCUUCAAGUGUGAGAAGCCCGAUUGACGAUUCUUCCAGCUAUACCGGGUCAUCGAGCCGUCGAUUCCCGUUCGACUCGAAACAGAACUUGCUUCGUAAUGCACAGAACAGCCCGAUCGGAUACCCUUCUCGCCGGACAUCAACCAACUCUGGGCACAAUGUUUCAGCAGACGCAUUGGCUGGCACCCGGAAACCACUCAAUCAGGCCAGCAACAACAAUUUGUUGGCUCCCGGGGCGAUUGACACUGCUCGUGACUCCUUUGUGAGUACUACCGACAGCAGUGGAAUAAACGCGCUGCGAGCCAGCAACAAUUAUCUCGGCCAAUUCAUUAGGGGAGGCCACAAGGAGGAGCCGAUCAAGAAAGAACCUGUUUCGGCCGUGACGGAAGUCCAUGUCGAUUCUCCGGUGGAACAAGUGCAAGUUCCUCCCCCUGCUAUGGUCAAGGACGCUCAUCCUAUUCCCUCACCGCCAGCUUCGGCUCCUCUUCCGCAGGAUAAGUCGAUCACACCCAGCAUCACCCUAAGCCUGCCUGAUGAACGCCAGCCAAGAUUACCUCAAUUAAGUUUUAUUGAUUCUCAGGGCGUCCGGCAAAACUCCAUUGAACCUGAUAUCAAUCCCCAAGCACCCUCGACGACUUCCAACAAUACUCCUCAACAUUCUAAUACCCCCUCGGCUGAUCUCAAUCGACAAGACCGCCCAUCCCAAGGCCAGACUUCUCAGCAUAACCAUCAAGAUCAAUAUGACGAAGACGACUACUAUGAUGAAUACGAUGUCUACGGCUCUCUGGAUCAUCAGGAAUACCAAGACUAUCGAGAUUAUCUCGGCUAUGAUCCUCGUCGAUUCACCAUGGGCGUGCGGCCAUUACCACCGGACGAUCCCACCGAAAAUCCAGAGCAACGAGCUAACCGCAUUCGAUCAUUCUACAAAGAGUACUUCGAUGAUUCCAAGCCUCAAAACUCUGCCCAGUAUUAUGAUGGAGGGGAGGGCUACUACGACUACUAUGGACCAGAUGGCUAUUACGAUCAGGGGGGUCACCACCCGCCUCGCGGACAAUCGCAAAAUGGGGUGUAUGGGCGGCAUCGCGCAACGGUAUCCAAUGGAAGCUAUGUGCCGGGACCAAGGGCGUUUUCGUCCGCAUCAGGUCGAUAUGGUGGACGUCCUCCUCGCAUGCCCCCCAAGAAGAAAUUGCCUCCACCCAAGCCGUUGAACAUCUUGCCCACGCCCCAUUUGCUCAAGGAAGACACAUUUUUGCCCAUCGAUUUUGCUCCACCUAAGAAAUUCCAGAACCAGAGGGCUGGUACCCCGGACAGUCUUCGCGGGGGACUCAGGCCAUACUCACCCUCAAUGAGGGCACACGUGCCGCUGGCAUCAUCUUUUGACGAUCUCGCGGUGAUACCCAGCCCUCACGCACUGAGAAAGUCCUCGACCUUUACAGCAUUGGACUUUGCGCCACCACCGCGACUACGUGCAGCGGAUACUAUGAGUGAAACGGGAAGCAUCCGAAGUAAUCGUUCUGGAGUGUCGGCCAUGCACCUGCACAACAUUCGUACAGGAGCAUACCGAGUCAGCAGAAUUCCCAAGGAGGUUGCCGGAACUAAGGAUGAGUUGGCUGCGGCGUUAAGACCACAGUGGGAUCUGAAUCGAUGA